GGACUUUGUCCCGUUGGAACGGACAAACACGAGGCGGACGAUACUACUGGGGAUGUUAAUCCACCGGCGGUGGCGUCUCCAAUUUCUAAACCGAUAUUGUUUGCUGCGACAGAAACAUGUGACGACGGCAGCUGCACACGUACUAACGCACCAAAAACAGAUGAAACCGAACCAGCCGGAUCCGGCCACAAGAAGGACGCAAGAGCCACCGCGCCAGUGACUGUGACUGUGCCUUCUCCGGAGGAAAGUGCAAUCGGGUUAAAGAGCGGAAUGGGAAUGAGGGAAGCUGAAAGCGAGGGAAGCCAGAUGCACGUAGACUGCAACGCGACACGUGAAAAUGAGUCAAGCAUGAUCGCUGCCGCAGCUUCCCCUCCCACAGAUGAGCUCACAAGCAGCAAACCCCUCUGUGAAGAUGCCCUUCCGUUGAAGCGAGACGAUGGGUCUCCUGCGUUGAAGAGCUUUUCACCGCCCGAACAGCAAAUGACACAAACGAGACCUGGGACAGAAACAGCGGAAGCGCUUCUAGCGCAUCAACCGACAAAAAUUAGUUCGAGUUGUAAAGAUACAAAUGGCGUAGACCGGGAUGCGUCUGGGAAUAGCAAUAGCCCCUUGCAGAUGAAUCUAGUACCAGGAUCAGCCUGCAAAGGCGCUGCUUCACGACCAGAUCACUCCACCACUAAAGACGGCACCAACGAAGCCGAAGACCAAGAUGAGGAGGAAGAUGCACUGCCCGUAAAAAAAGCUGCGAAGACAACAGCUUCUGGGAGUACCACGGGCCCCACAACAACCAGCACAAUCUUCGUCUACGGCACACUCCAGUCCGUCCUUGUGCUGGAAGCUUUGUUGUCCCGCGUUCCAAAACGCAAACCCGCCGUUUUGGUCGGACAGAACUUUGAAGGUCCGUUUUUCGUGCGGGAGCAACCGUAUCCCGGGGUGGUGGUGACUAGAAGUGCAGAGAGUUCUUGUAACGGUGUGUCGAAAACAAGAGGCCCAGUGGCAUGUGGCGGUCAGCACUUCAGUUCUUCGACGACGUCGCCCCGUGCUGGAAAGUCGCCUCCAGCAGUGACUCAGCAAAAGAAGCAAGAUAGCGCGCUCAAGCAUUUCGGUGCCGUUCUUGCCGCCGAGCCGGUCCACUUCCCUCCCGGGACACCAGUUUCUUCGCCGGGCGGGAGGAGUAGAGGUCUGAAUUUGAAUAUGGACGACAAUGAAACUACCUUGUCUACUUCGGUUGUGAAAAAACCUGCAAGCUCUUCAAGCAGUUCUCUCACAAAUCCAGCAGCGGAGAACUACAAUACCUGUUCUUACGUGUAUUCGAACUCGACAUCAUCAACUCCAGCACGUCCUAAAUGUUCUGGAAUAGCAGGAGCGGCGAGCACCAGUACCAGAGCUCCUGAACGCGAACCUGCGGCGGAACAAGCACCUCCCGCGGACCCGGUACCCUAUCCCAGCUCGCGUUCUUGGUGGUACUUGCCCAUUGGGUACGGUGCGGACAGUGGAAGUGGUAGUGGUGUAGCAAGUUCAUCCAUCGGCAAAAAGAAGACCGGUGAAGGAGAUGGGGGCGACCGCGAAGCGUCUGCGGGGCUGGGUUUCGUUGAAGAAAACAUUGACCAUUCGCCUUCGCCCAGCAAGCAUCAAACCGAGCAACAUCCGGGAGGCGUCGCACCGCCAUCCUCGUUCAGCCUCGCGGAGCAGUUGCAGCGCUUUGUGGGCGGUUGCUGCACCGGAAGACAGAAGGAGUUCCCCCACAACUUGUUCAGUGGUGAGUACUACCACAAGUUGCACCAAGACGGGCGCAGACGCGACAUGGGCGGGAACGCAAUGCAGCCGCGGAUGAACCCGAUGAAGAGAGGGAAUAGAGGGACUAGUUGUAAGCGGGGACACAAGCAAGCUGCAGGCCCAGCGGGUUCUUUCCUCACACAGGAGGACGCAGAAGAAAUCUUCGAGAAAAUCUUACAUGCACAGGCGGAAAACGGGCCGGGGCUGUAUGUGUUUCCGGAUAUGAAGGACUGCCGCGUCGGAGGUUUCAGGUUCAGUACAGACCAGGACAACGUCUACACGGGGAACGAGGGUGGAGCUUCUGGCAGCAGUGUCGCAGCUGCAGGCAUCCUUUCAAGAAAUACUAACCUGGCACCGGACGACGACCCCUUUCUGGUCCGGGACUGUGCGGCGAACGACCACGUCGGCGAGAAUUAUGGGCGGGAACACGAAAGCGAUAUCAACACUGGUGUUCCAGACAACCACAACUCCUGGUGGCUCGGGCAGCAGUUGCAGUUUGUUUCCGAGUUCUUCAAGUUUAUUUUGGCUCGCGACAAUGUUGAAUCGCAACAAAGUACAUUAGGAUCCACGACGAAUCACGAUCAGCUUGAAACUGCUCCCGCAAAAGAACGUGUGUUGAAUCUGAUCCCGGGGUUUGUGAUGGAAAACCUGUCAGAGGAGGAAUUAGCAUUACUCGAUUACUUCGAGGACGAAGACGAAUACGAGCGGGUGGCCUUGCCAAUCAUCGCUUCUGGAGCUGGUUGUGAGGACUACAGCGGGGACAACAGUUGCUCAUCAUCUUCCGGUAAGGGAGAAAAUACUGUAAGUCAGAAUCAUGAACAAGAUCCUUCUUCGUGCACGACGAAGUUCGCUUCUAUGUACGCCUAUCGGGAGCAGCGAAGGGCGAAUUUGGAACUGCCCGAGUCCCUCAACGCGAAGGUAGACCACGAACAGGACCCCAUGCCAGAGGACGGUAUGAGUGAAAAGGAGGCAUCAACUCGAACUGCAUUUUCGACCAAAACCUCGUCGUCCCCAGUCUCGAAAAAAGUCGGAAGAAUUGUGAAGGAAAAGUGGUUUGCGAUGCGGGACUUCAUGGAGAAAAAAGACGUACAUGAGCAGUACGUGGACGACUGCAAGUACUGGCGCGGCCAGUUUUUCGAGGAGGAGAAGUUUUUCAAAAACGUACACUGUCCGGAAGAAGAAGCCGAAGCUUCUUCACAGCUGGACGAAAAUGAAGAUGAAUUAUUGAAGAGGACGGAUACGGAAUGAAUUACGCCAUUGUCCGGCCAAAGCCAUCAAACUAAUGAACUUGCUGACGAGUUAUCUGGUCGCAGUCGCAGUUGCAGGGAACUGAUGAAAGUAAUAUUGAACAUCACCAGAGGAGCGAAUCUGACUGAAAUACUGUAGAAUCGGCGAGACGACAUGAACUAGAGCGUAGCCUUGAGCGGAUUUUAUAUUGUCCACAAAAGUAGUACAAGUACAGAAAGCGGUGCAGUUUUGACAACUUUGCGCUUUUUCUGCUUUUUGCGAAACCAUCGUCAAAAUUUAUUUCUUGAUAUCGCGAUGCGUAUGUGAUGAAUCAUAAGGGUGAACGAGCGUGAUUUGUCAGUAGUGUUUCUGUGUUGAUGCUGGUGUCGUACCAGCUAUUCGCCCGCUGUGUACUGUAAGCCCAAGGAGUUGUUCUCUUGGUCCUUUCUUGCGA